AUGCUGGACAUGCGGUUAGAGCUUCGCGAUGCCGAGGCAUACGAGAAGAAGAAGAACGCGACGGCACGAGACGGCCAUGCAUGGGGGGGAGGGAGAGGAGGAGAUUCUGGUGACGCCCGUAAGACGUUGAAUGCGACCAAUGGCGCGCUCGGUCGAUGUAGGGAGGGAGAAGUCGCGACGAUGCUGGUGGACGCACGUCGACAUUGUCGAGAUUUGGAGCGAUGCCUUGUCUUGCUGCAGAACGAGGAGAGAAACAAGCAGGAGCAAGCAACUCGCAUCUCCAACUACUGGGAGAGGAAGCAUGAUCAAGAGCGGCGACUGAGUUUGAAAUCCACAGUGUUCUCGAGAUGGCGAGUCAACGCCAAGGACACGAUCAUCCUGAGACUUCGCCGUGAGCUGGAGCAAGCGUCUAAGAAGGAGAAGGAGCACCAGGCAGCGAAGAUCCAUGCUGAUGCUCUCCUUGAGACCAGCAGGCGUCGCAUCCGCUCCCUAGAGCUCUUGGUGUCCGACGCGCAAGCCCAGGGAGUGAAGAUGGCAGCAGGAGCGCAUGCAGAUGUGCAGGCUCACGUACAAGCUAUCCGUAGGGAAGAGAGGAAGGCGUCGGAGAAGAGGCUUGCAGAGAUGAAAGCGCAGAUGAUGGAGGAGGUCUGGCAAGUGGAGGAGGAAAGAAUCCUGCAGGUGCAGGAUCUGCAGAAGGAGCUGGAGCUGGAAAGGAGAGCACACGAGAUCAUCCUCAGAAAGAGGAGAUUCGAAUAG